UACCAAACCAUAUCCAAAUCCUACGGUUUUUAUAAAGUUAUAUCCAUUCGGUUUAUAUGGUAUAUACCAAAACCAAACCAUAUUGUCUAUUUCGGUUCGGUUCGGUUCGGUACGGUUCGGUUUUACCAUAUUGAACAGCCCUAGAGCAUAUCCAAAUCACUUCUAUAUUUGCCUCUAUUAUAGCAUUUAGAGGUAAAAUCACUUCAAUCCUACUCUAUUUCUUCCUCUAAAUUAGAGAUUGCUAUUUUCAUCUCUAUAUUUAGAUGAAUAAAUAGUAUUCCCCUAUAAUAGAGACAUUAUUCACAAAAUGAUCAUUUAACUUUUUACUUUAACAAUUAUAACCAAAAUAAAUAUUUUUUAAAGAAAAUGUAUUGUUUAUAUAAAUAUAUAAUCAUACUUUUUUAUUUACAUAAAAGUUUCUAUAAAAAUAUUCAGUGUAAAUAAUAUCAUAAUUUUAUGAAUGUUGAACUAAAUUGGGUUGGUUUUCAAUUUUCAUAAAUAAAAUGUAUUAUUUGUAAAAUUAGAAAAGAAUAUAUCAAAAAUAUUCCUUUUUAGAGGAAGAAAUAGAAGAAUACAUUAGAGACAAAUCUAUCUCUAUUAUAGAGAAAUACAUUGGAGAUGAUCUUCGUAAAUAUGUAUCUUUUAUUUUCGAAGAAAGGACACUAACGUAAAUAAUCUAAUAUGUAUACCACUUUUUUGUGCAACAAUGUAUAAGAUUAUAUAUCGUUAAGUUCAUCGUUUUUUGUUUGUUGGAGCAUGGAAAAGAAGUAUACAAAUGUUUGAUAGUUUUUAGUUUAUAUAACAAAAUGCUAGUUUUAUGUGCGAGUGCGCGCGCGCGCGCAGGUACCUGCACGUAUUAUGAUUGUACAUAUCAAAUGACCGCACUCCAGGCAAAGAUAUAUAGAGAUCAUACUAAGUACCAAAUAUUAAUAUACAGUAUCUAUAACCUAUCUUAUAAAAUUCGAACCAAAUAGAAAAAAAUCUAAUACAAAUCAAUAGGUGUGGAUUUAUGUGUGUAACUCGCUGGCAUGUCGUAAUUUAAAUCUUGAAGUCUUAAUAGUGUAUAAAUCAGUGAAAUUCCAAACACGUGUAAUGGACCCACAUUAGGUCAUAUGUUGUCGGGUUGACUCUCGUCAGGUUCAGAUGGGUCAGCAUCAUUUUCCAACAUAUUUGUUUCUAUACUCAAAACAAAAAUAUAUACACAUUUGUAGUCUAACAUGAAUCUUACCCACAGUUAUAUCAUUAUUAUCAUAUGUAUAUAAAGCUCAGAACGAACGAUUCGCUCUUCAAUUUGUAUGAUUUACAUAACAAGGUUAAGUAAAUUAUAAUUUAUUUAUAUCAUUAGCUGUAUCUUAAUGUGAAAUAUGAACCUCAAAAUAUGCCAUUUUUUUUUUUUGUAACUGAUAUGCCAUUUUAUUUGUCAAAUUGAACAAUGACUAUUCCAUAACCAGUUGUAUUGUUUAGGAAUAUCAUCAAAAAAUGUUAACUAAUGUUCAGAAACUUUUCAAAACACUAGUAGUUUUAAUCGUUCAAUAACUUUGAAUAAUAUUACUAUAAAUAAUUGUUUUUUUUUUUGCUUUUUAUAUAUUGAGGCUUAACUAAGACCGAUAAUGAUUUUACGAACGAAUAAAUAGUUGGAGUAGUGAUGAUGAUUGUAAAGUGAAAAUUAGAUGGACGAUGAGUUGUUAAAGAGAAGCGUAUGACGUGGACAAAUAGUCAAAGUAGGACCCGCAAAAAUAUAUUAACGAUUCAACUUAUAAAAAGAGCAGUGCACCCGUGCGCCGAUAGGUUUGGCCUUUCUCGUGGACACGUACCUUCUUUUUGUUCACUUUCUUGAUGCAACACUAUUUUAUAAACCUUAAGGGUUUGUAGUGGUUACUAUUAUAUGCCUGUCUAGAGACUAAAUAAACUUUUCUAAAGACUGUAUCAACUUAUAAACAUUAUUGAUUACUUUUGGUUUUAUUAUAGUUAAAUGAAAAAGAAAAAUUUAAUUAGAAAAUUAUUAUAUAAUUUUUCUAACACCAAAUACUUAGAUUAAAUUAAAAGUCUAAUGAAUUCAAAAGGUUACAACCGAAAAUAUAAUCGGCGGUAACAUGAUACGUGAAAAUAACAAAAACAUACUAAAGGGAAAAAUGUAGCAAAAGAAGAAAAAAAAGAGUUCCACUGAAAAAUUUCAUUCAAAAAUUUAAAACCAUUAUUCAAAAGAAACAAGAAAAAGUCAAAGUUGAUACUCACGUUAAAGCAUCUGAUCGAAUUAACUUGAAAACAGUUAUUAUAUAGCUAAAAUUAUAGAAUGCAUAGAUUUAUAUUAAAAUAAAACAUUAAAUUUAACUAAUACAUAAUCUGUUUUAUAUUAAGUGUCACUUUUAAAGGAAUCAAAGACACAAAACUUUAUAAAACGGUUCUUUGUUUUAUUUAUUUCUUUCUUAGCUUUCUUUCUUACAGUUAGAUCAUCUUACAUUUGAUCUCUUUAUAUAGGUAAUAGGGAUCCUUGUCUUAACUUAUUACUAGUCUAUCUAGGAUUCUUAACUUUAUCCUAAACAUAUAAGUUAUUCUAAUUAUUUUUAAUGAAUAACUUGUUCUUCAAGUAACCUUGAAGCUUAUCCAACAUUCUUCCUUCUAAGCUUCAAGUCAUUUGCACUGUGGUCUUGUACCUUGAUCAGCUCCCUCAUCUCUUUAAACUUGAUCCUUGCCAGUGCUUUAGUUAGUAUGUCUGCGCGUUUUUCUGUUCAUGGUAUGUGCUCCACGUUGAUCAGCUCCCGUUCGACACACUCUCUAAUAAAGUGGAAGCGCUUGUGAAUGUGUUUGCUGCGUCGGUGGAACACUGAGUUCUUGGCAAGUGCAAUAGCUGAUUUGUUGUCCACUCGGAUCAGAGUUCUAAAAGAUGAGGGAGCUGAUCAAGGUACAAGACCACGGUGCAAAUGACUUGAAGUUUAAAAUAGAGAAUGUUGGAUAAGCUUCUGAUCUGUCAUCGGGUUUCCUUAGCUGACCUGAGUCUUUAUUUGCGUAUGCCAUACACCCGAAGACUCUAAUGUGAGAUAUGCUUGGCUUCUUUCCUUUUAUACUUUCAUAAGGAGUUUGAUUAGACAAAGCCUGAGCCUGAGCUCUGAUACCAAAUAAAGGAAUCAAAGACACAAAACUUUAUAAAACGGUUCUUUGUUUUAUUUAUUUCUUUCUUAGCUUUCUUUCUUACAAUUAGAUCAUCUUACAUUAGAUCUCUUUAUAUAGGUAACAGGGAUCAUUAUCUUAACCUAUUACUAGUCUAUCUAGUAUUCUUAACUUUAUCCUAAACAUAUAAGUUAUUCUACUUAUCUUUAAUGAAUAACUUGUUCUUCAAGUAACCUUGAAGCUUAUCCAACAACUUUAACAUUUUUUUCUUGUUACAUAAAAAAAUGUCAAUUUCAAUGCAAUUUAUACUUAAUUUUAGCUCAAUAUCAAUUGUAAAAUGCACUGAUAAAUAAAUGUAUUUAUUUAAAAUAAUAUUGGUUAAAUAGAUGACAUUAAUGAAAACAUAAAUGCAUUUCAAUCAAUUUCAUAAUAUGUGUGAAAAAUGUAUAAGCGACAUUAUUUAUGAAACGAAGAAAGUAUUAAAUUAUCUAUUUAGGAUAGAACUUAAAGUUAUAAUUUAAAGUGUACUAGGAGUUUUGCCCGCACAUGCGGCAUAAUUAUUUAAUAAAUAUUUAUUAAUAAAUAUACUAUUAGUUUAAAAAUCAAAAAAUUAAAUAAAACAUGAAAUUUAUACUAUUUUAUGAAUCUUUCAAUUUCUUAAUUUCUUAAUUUUUAUUGAUUUAAAAAUAUUAUUUUUGGAUAACAACAUUAAUAUCUUGUGAAUAUGUUUUUAUCUUGAACAAAUUUUUAUUAUAUUAAUUUAUAAACAAUGAUUUAAUCAAAAAAAAACAAAGAUAUAAUUGGUAAUAUAAAGUGAUGUAAUUAAACCAAAUUCUAGGAAUUAGCAUAACCUAUAAAAUCUCAAAAUAAAUCAAAAGCACAAGAAUGUUAAACCAAACUCAGCAUUGCAUAUUAUAUUAGUCAAAGUAAAUAAGAAUAUUGAUAUAUGUAUAAUUAUAUUGUAAAAUACUUCCUAUAAUAACUGAACAAACACUCAAGCAAACCAACUUUGUUGAUAAACAAAACAUUAAUAUGUAAUGUAUAAGAUAAGAACAUUUCCUACUUUUAAAUAGAGAUUACUAUUUUCCUAUAAAAUAAUAUUUCUUAAUUGUAAAUCAUAGUUUGUUAUUUUCAAAUGGUCUUUUAACUUUUAAACUUUAAUAAUUAUAACUAAGACAAAUCAUUUUGGAAAAUACAUUUUUUAUAAAAAAUAAUAGAAUCACAUUUUUAUUUACAUAAUAGUCUUUUAAGGAAAUUUUAAUUUAAAAAAAGUUAUAUUUUUUUGAAAAUCUUGAAAAAUUAAAAGUAAAUAAAGUAAAUUUUAAAUUUUCAUAAAUAUAAGGUACUUGUUGCAAAAUAAUAUUUUGAAAAUAUUCUUUUUUGAAAGUUAUUCUUGCAACAGGAUGAUAACAAUAAAAAUUUAGUAAAAAUAAAAACAAAAAAUAUUAAAUUUUCAACUUAAAUAUCAAAUACAAGUUAUUCUUGCAAUUGAAUGAUAAGAAUAAAAAUGAAAAUAUCACGAAAAUCAUGUUAACAAACAAAUAUAAAUCAAAUUUAUUGUUAUUGUUUAUGUACUUCGUUUUAGUAUUUUAAUGCUAAAAUAAAUUCAAUAAUUUUUAAAAAUAUGCCAUGACAUAUUAUGUUUAGAAACAAAUAUAAAUCAUUUUUUGUUAUUUUGUUUAAAACUAUUUAUAACAUUUUAGUAUAAUGAUAAAUCUAAUUAUGAUAUGUGUAUAUAUAAUACUAAUUAUAAAAAUAAAUAAAUAAGAAAUAAAGAUGUAGAUGAACACAAAAUAAAUACAUGGAAUUAUCUUCUUUUUUCAAAAAAAAAUUCCAUUUAUUUUUGAAAUAUUUUUAUAAUAUUAGUUUGUAAUCAGUUAAAUAAUGAAUUAUAUAAUUUAUUUAUUAGAUAUUAAAAGUUUAAUUAGUCAAAUUAAAUUUGUUUAAUGAUUUUUCAAAUAAUAGUAUAGAUAUCAUUUUUUUUUAAAUGCUAUAUAAUUUAAAUAUGACUGGUCGUGUUUGUAGAAAGGAGAGAUACUUUCGUCAAAAAAUCAAAUAUGAUCGGUCUUCUAAUAUUUCUUUUUGGCAAAGGUCUUCUUAGGGUAUAAUUAACCCUAGUACCCUAAAUGGGGUGCUCAAAUUUUUUUUUUGAUUUUUAUCUGAUUAAAAAAAAAUAAACCAAUCGCGGGCUGCCACGUGUCUGUGGAGUCCGCGAACAGUGGGAACAACCGACGUUUACUGCGGCUGAACAAGCGCUGCUGCUUACUUUUUCCAUUUUUUUUUUCAAAAAAAAAGGUUAAGCACCGGGGUAAUCACCCCGGUUAAUGGUGGUCUUAUAUUUCUGAUAAAUUCAUACGUAACCUGAAACUGCAAGCUCUCUUUCGACCUCUUUAACUCUCUUACAGGAUAUUCACAGUUUCACACUUUCAGUUGCCUGUUCUUUUUCAACAUUCCAAUAUUUCACCAUUAUGAAAUCAAAUCAUUAAAUUUCCUCAAGUUUGGGCACUUUAACCAUAAUAUAUGACUACUGUACGUAUGGAGGAGCCCUGGUUUCUUCCAAAGAUUACAAGUAUGUUUUUUUUUUUUUUGAUUACAAGUAUGUUAUAUUUAUAUAAUUCACCGGCGUUUAGAUAUUCAUUAUAUUACUGCUACUACCUUGUCUGAUCUAUGCAUUAUGCAUGCAUCUAAAUUCGGUGGUUAUUAAUAACUGCUCACAGUCAAAGUCACCGUUCAGUGAGUUCGCUAUUUGUGAAUUAGAUAUACACCGACCGUUCAAGUAGUGUCUUGCAGUUCUUCAAACUCUAAACAAGGUAUUCUUAAAACUUUAAAAUUUGCAUUGGCAGACGCAAAAUGUAAUAUGAAUAACCAAAUUACUUUGGUUUCAUAACAGAUAUUCUAUUUUUUUCCUUAUUAAUCCUCUAUAUUAAUUAUAGGAUGACUUGAAUAUAAUAUGGAUCCGCUUAUAACAGUGAUUAAUCUCCAAGGAUUACUACUCGAUCAAUUUCAACUUGGUAUGAUAUAUUCAAUAUAAGUUUCGUUGUUCAAUUGGUAGUUUUCAAGGGAUCACAACUAAAAUUAGUAAAAACGACGUGUUUACCUAAUUGUAACUAGUAAUAUUAGAUUGUAGAAUUCAUAAAAAUAAAAAUAAAUUUAGAUAUAAAUAUAAUUAUAAAAUGGAGAAAGCAAACAAAUUGUUUUUCCUAUUGUUUGACCAAAAGCGAGAAAGAUGUUGCGCGAGAACAUGAAACGUUGUCUGCUUAAACUUAUAGUGCUGACAAGUUAUCCUUGUGUCUUAAUUAAAUUGGAAGAUGACUUAAUCAGGUUUUUGUUCUGUCUAAUUGUUUCCUUAGUUGUACAUAUAUAAAAUUUAAACAAAGUUAUACGUGCAUAAGGAUCGAAGAAAGAAACAAAACAAAAUGAAGUCCUUUCGGUACACGGAGAGGCCUCACUAGUCACGACCCGUAUAUAUAAAUAUAUAAGCAACCAUAUAUAAACCAAAUAUGAGUUUGAUUGGUAACGACAAUAGCUUUAAAAUUUUUGAUAUGGCGUUAAAUUUUAUUGAUGUAUAAUUUUAUGAAAAAUUCUAAUUUCUAAAAACUUACUAUGGAUAUUUAGUUCUAUAAACCAUUUAUACAACUCUAAGUUGUAGGUUAUUUCAAAAACUAUGAUUUUAACUUUUUUUAUUAAAACUUGAUUACUGUAAAUUUAAAGUCGUAAAACUAAAUGUAAGUUUUAGACAACACCCCACACCAUUACCAAUCACACUCUAUAUUUGUUCUGUUCUUAAUGAAAUUUACCCUACAAUUAGUUUAAUUUUAUCAUGUUAACACAAUUCCCACAGUUGUGAUUUCUCUUUGAGUUUUCUUUAAUAACUUAAUCGUAAAUUAUUCCUUUUUAUCAUAGUUUGAAUUAUUAUUUUAAGGUUGAUUUAAAUUCUCGAUAUUGCUCGACAACCGUGACCCUCUUGUUCAAGUAUAUCGUAUACCCCAUAUGUUGCGUCCAUUGUCUCCAUGGUUGGCACAUUUUCUUUUCAAUUUAAAAAAAAUUCAGAACGUCGUCCUUUUCGUAAAAAUGUUAAGAAAGAAUUAAGUCCUUGCUAAUAUAGAAAAAUAUUUUUCUUUAACACAAGUAUAUGUAUUUUUGGCAGUCUCUUAUAGUAUAAUAUAUUCAUCUUAUACGAAGCUCAAAAUUCUUAACGGAAUGACAACAAAUCCAAUCAGAUUUAUGAGAGCAUGUUUUGUAAAGUUAGAUGAACAGAAUAGUUUAAUUGGAAGAAAAAAUAUGAUAAGAGCAACAAAAAACCAGAAAACACAGUUAAGUAUGCUUAUUUUUUUAUUUUUUUUUUUUUACCAAAAAAAAAAGUAUGCUUAUUUUUUAUACAGUAAGAUAUCCUGGCUCACAUUAUGCAACCAUAUUAAUUAUUAAUAAAUACGAGAGUUUAACGCAUGUGGAUAAACACGAUCUAGCAUAGGUUUUUAAGUUAAUGGAUCCCUAGAAAAUUUAAAGGAUCAUAGCUAGAUCGAUAAACCUGAGGAAUAGCCUAUAUAUUAUUGUAAGAAUGUUGGUGGAUACUGUGGAUUGGCACAGCCGAACAGGUCCACAAUUAGAGUACGUAUCUGUAUAUACACAUACAAUACUAUAUUAUUCAAUAAUGGAUAUUCUUUAUUGCCUAUUGGUAUUAGGAAAAAUAUUUUUCCAACAUUACAGUAGCCUCUUGGAUAAUUGAAGUAUGAGCUGAUAUUGGGAGCUCUAACCACUAUACUACCAAGAGCAUGGAGAAAAUUUUAAAUGCAAUUAUAACGUUAGACACUCAUUAACUUAAACAAUAAAAAUGUUCGUUUUUGUAUUUGAUCAUGCUUAAAGUUUGUGAAAUAAACAAAACUGAAUGUAAGUAUGUAUUAAUUUAAUAUAUUGUUUGUUAUUUUUAAUUUGUUAUAAGCGCAAAUUUUAAAAACACUCUUUUUACUGUAUUUAUGAUACAUUUUAAGAGACCAGCGAGUAUGUACGUAUUACUAUGAUUUAUUUGUACCUAUGUAAUUUAAUAUAUAUAUAUAUAGGGAUUUGAAAUAAUCAUGCUAGAAUAUUGGUUUUACUAUAGAAAUAAUGUCUUGACAGAAUAUUGCAAUUUGCAAACCUAUCAAUCAAAAACCAUCAUAUAUACAAUUCUUUUCCAGAACUGAUUCUGAUUAAAAUUUUCCUUAUCAUAACUUCUAAUAACGUUGAUCAUUUUCCUUGCUAACUAACCCUUUUUUCAGUGCUAAGGUUUACUUAAUCAAAGAAUCUUCACCAGCAACAGAUAGACUAAUAUUUGAAAUAUAUCUUCUCAAAUGUUGGAAGGGUUUGUUGGUUAGAAGGUCUAAUUGUGUAGUUAAUUUGUUUUCUAUUUUUUCCUUUAGGUUUAAUCAAAUUGGUUUAGUAGAGAUGUGCACGUCCAUUCUACUAUGCAAUAUCUUUUUGGUACAUAUCAUUUUUGAUAUAUAAAUCAAGCCUGCUUUUCUUUUAAUUUAAAAAAUAAUGAAUCUCUCAUUUUUAAUGCAUACAAAAAUCCAAAAGGAUUGUCAAUUUAUUUAACAAGAAAAAUAAAAUUGUACUAAUGCAAAAGGAAUGAUUAUAAAUAUGAGAAAGUGUAGGCCAUUAAGCAGACAAAACGUAAUUAACAAAUGGAUUAUUAUAUGUAACCCACCUUCUUCUUCACCUUUGGCAUUGUUUAUAAAAUUUCUCUCCUUAAAGCUAUGUACUCAAGCCUCAAGGUGAAAACAAAAACCUAAUUCAAUAGCAACAAACACACAAUUAAUCCCAAGGUUAAUUUCAACCAUUUUUAUCAAUAAUUCUCAACAACACCAUCAUAUCAUGAGUAGCUCAAGCUCUAGUUCUCUCUCUGGCUCUCCUUGUGGAGCUUGUAAGUUCCUCAGGAGGAAAUGUUCAAAGGGAUGUGUGUUUGCUCCAUACUUUUGUCAUGAACAAGGAGCUUCACACUUUGCGGCCAUUCACAAGGUUUUUGGAGCUAGCAAUGCUUCUAAAUUGCUCUCUCAGCUUCCCACUAGCGACCGCUGCGAAGCAGCCAUUACAAUCUCUUACGAAGCUCAAGCUAGGCUUCAAGAUCCCAUCUACGGCUGUGUCUCUCAUAUCUUUGCUCUCCAGCAGCAGGUUGUGAAUCUACAAGCACAGCUUGAGAUUCUAAAGCAACAAGUCGCACAAAGCAUGAUGUUUGCUGAUUCACCAUCAUCAGAAAACCCUAAUAGCUUUUAUGGAGACACUACUAAGACUACUUCUUAUCAUCAUGACCAUCACCAAGAACAUCAAAAUAUUUAUCAUCAUCAUGAUCAGACCCAUCUAGUCAACCAAAUCGGAAGCUUAGGAACUGGUCAGCACGGAGAUGCGACGGUGAAUAGUUACCCCAGCCAAAACUCCUCGGGCUUGGGAGAAUUCUCUAUCUACCCUGAAUUGGAACAACACUUGAACACUUUCAAUCAAGAUCAUCUCAAAGAGCUUCAGUCAGCAAAUUUUGGUUACAUAUCGUUCUCGUGAUGGUUCUAUCAAGACAAGGGUUGAUUCAUAUCACUAUCUCAUCUAUAUAUAUUGAUUAUAUACAUACCUUAUAUAUGUGUCAAGACUUUUUGAUGGUUUUAGUGUGGAUUGUUGUUGUUGCCUAGCUCCAAGAACCGGCUUUGUAAUCAUAAAUAAAGAAUACUAGAUGCCCUAGAAAUAUAUAAAGAUCAUAUAUUAAUAUCCUCAAGAUGUUUUUAGAGUAUAUAGUCGAUCAUUGUGCUAAUCGUCUCGAUAUCACCCCAAACUUGUCACGAUCUAAACUUAAAAAGACACAAAUCUUUUAGUUAUCUAAUAGACUCUGUUUGUCUUUAUUCUUUAGAUUUUGCUUGUACGUACAAUCUAGUACACUUAAUCAGUGGACCUUGCUGUCUAUCCUUCAUCGGAGAAAGCUGUUUUUGGAUCAUUUUAGAUAAAUAAUCUGGGAUUUUUUAUUUUUCUUACAUUUUGUUGGGCAUAAAGACUAAUCACCACAUGCUCUUAAUUAGGUCAGCCAAUUCCGGUUUUCGAUUUCUUACAAAUGAAAUGUGUUAUAUUUCUUAUUUCUCUUAAAACGAUAUAAUCAUAUAUCUUUAAACUUUUUGUAUAGUUGGAUACCCUACAAAUUGUCGGCAGAUAAUCUUGUUAUAUACACUUAUAUAUUAUUCUCGGUAUGAUUGAUAUCUUAAAGCUUAUGAAAGAUUACAGAAAGUUCUUAUCAGACUAAUUUGUAUGUUUUGUUGUUGUUGUUGUUGUUUUGCAAUACAUACUUCCCUUGAUGUUUUAAAAAUGAUAUUUAUCUCAUCAUUAUCAUCAAGUUUGUAGACAUAGCACAUCAACGGAUUUAGUUUUUUUUCAUAACCAUUAUUGCGAUUUUCAUUUAUCAUUUGAUUGAUAUAUAAUUAACACUUGUCAUAUAAUAUAGUUUUUUUUUUCAGAAUAGGGUUCUAUACAAAUAUUUUGGCCCUUACGAUAAUUAUUUGCUAACGUUAAAUGUUUGUUUGGUUGUCGGAAAGUCUAUUUCAAAAUUUUAUUUUGUCUAUCCCAUGUGUAUUUUACUCAAAAUGCAAUCGUAUAAUUAUAUCGACAAAUAGAUCUCAAUCAUAAUAAGGAUGUAAUAAAAAUUUAUAAAAAAAUGGACAAUACCUAUGCAUUUGUUUUUUUCUGCGCCAAUAUUUAGUUCUAUUUAUUUUACCAAAAAAAAUAUUUAGUUAUAUUAAUUAAACGAUAAAACUCCACUGAAUAUAUGAAACCACCCGUCUUCUUUGUAGUUGUAGUAGUAAUUAGCUUUAUGAAAUAGUAAGGCCUCAGCAAAAGAACCAGAACUAAAGAACCGAAUUGGAAUCGGAUCGAAAUACCCGAAAUCAGAAUCGGACCAGAAUCUUCAAAUAUCCCAACAGUUUCUAUAUUUUUAUAUCUGAAAUAAUCGAACCGAACCGGAACCAAACUGAGAACCGAACGGAUAUCCGAAUAUAUAAAAAUAUUAAUUAUAUAUACAUAUAAUAUAACUAAAUUUAUACUUUUUAAUUUAAAGAUCUAUUAAAAGUAUCUGAAAAUAGUUGAGGAUAACUAAAUUAUUAUAAAGUAUCCGAACUACCUGAAAGUACCUGAAACUAUCCGGAUAGUUUUAUCCGAAAUAUCCAAAGUAAUCCAAAAUAUCCAAAAUUCUUACAUAAAUCAUCCUAAUUAUUUGUUAUUUUACCCUAAAUAACCGAUAUUUUAUUUGAAUUACUCGAACUACCCGAAUUAUCCGAACCUGAACCAGAACCAAAUGAGAACCGAAUAUUUUUUGGGCAUUUCCCGGUUCCUAGUUUUACUUUUACUAUCCGAACCGAAAAUAAGUCAAGUAGUAAAUGGAUACUUUAGCGCCCUACCCGAACAACCCGAAACCCAAAAUACCUGAACCGAACCGAACCGAUACCCGAAUCCCCGUGAUGUGAAUUUAGGGUUCAUCAACAUAAUCACAAUAACAUAUUAUGCUAUCGUUAUAUCAUCUAUAUUAUUAAAAAUGAAGUACAUUUUGUUAUUGUUUGUAAACAUGGACAAUAACUGUUUGAAAACAUGGAUAUCAGUAUAAAAAUGAAGUACAUUGUCUUUUUAGUAAUUUCAUGAAUAUAAUUACAUUAAUUUUUUUUUCAUAUUUCACUUAGUUUAACAAUUUAAUUAAUUAUAUUAUCUCAAUAAUGCAUAACAUCAUUACUUAUAUUACCUUAAUAAUAAUAGUACAGAUUUUUAUUUAUUAGUUAAUCAAUAUUAACUUUGUGUUAAUUAUAAAAUAAAAAUGUAAAAUAAUUAGGUUUUGCAUAUGGUUAAAUGUUCUGUUUAGUUUGUUUUACUAAAUUUUUUUUAUAUUUUAGUUUCAAUCGGUAGAAAAUUACUUAACAAAAACAUAAUUCAAAAACAUGUUUUAGUGAAUACAAUAUAAAUUAAAUCAAAAUAAUAAAAUUGUAUUACAAUUACGAUCAUUUAAUUUUCCACUCCAUAUAAUUAUUUUACUAAAUAAAAUACUCUUUCUAUUUCACUUACUUUAGCCAAACACAUAGAAAUUCUUUUUUUUUUUUAGUUUCUAAAAUUAGUUAGGCAUGAACAUUGGCUAUCCAUUUAGGUACAUAUUAUUCUUUUUGGAUAUCAUUAUUUUUUUUGUUUUGAAAUUUGGCCUGACAUGAAUAUAUAAAUUUUUGUGUGAGUUUUGAGUUAAGUUUUUCUGCGUUCGGUUCUGAUGUAUAGAAAUCUCAAAAUAUAUAAAUAACAAAUGUAUUUUGAAUAUUUCUACCAAAAAUAAUCAUAUUACCGGAUUCGGUAAUACAAUUAGUUAUAUUACGACUUAUCUAAAAUAUAUAAAAUUAAUUAUGAAAAACAAAUACUAAUAUAUAAAUAUAUGAAAACAAAUAUCAGCGUGGGUGCGCGGAUCAAUCUCUAGUAAUAUAUUAUGCUAUGAUCAUAGAUAUCCACUUAGCGACUAGUUGGUAACAAAACCUGAAUCUAAACACCGAUUUAUAUUUGGUCACAAAUUUUUGUUUAUCAAAUAUUUCAGAAUGUUAUUUAGCAGUGAUGUUUUAGCAGUUAGAUCGGAAGUCGAUGAUAGAAAAAUACAAAAAAAUAUCUAGCAAAAAAGUCAUCUCAUAUCUAUACUAUUAUUUGCGAAGUAAAUUUUUGGAAUCGAGUUCUCACGUUAAAAGUUAGAGUGGUUAAUAACGUUUAUACCCUUAA